AUGGUGAACGAGUUGAGCGCAGAAUUCACUCGGUGGCAGCAUGAGCAUGCUUCGGGCCCUCCGGACCACACCGCUUCAUUAUUGCAGACCCAUUUCAUGGCCGAGAUUAUGGCUCAGCCGUAUCCGCUCGACCUGCACAUUCCUGGUAAUAAGGAGUACAAUGGACGAACAGACCCAGAUGUCCACAUCAAUACCUAUUAUGGGAACAUGCUGAUGAUGGGUGUAAGUGACGCUGUGAUGUGUCGAGCUUUCUACUCGACGUUAUCUGGACGAGCAACCGAGUGGUUUAGAACGUUGGACCCAGGAUCUAUCUCUUGUUUUGCCAACCUGGCGACUAAGUUCACUCGAAAGUUUGUAACCUCAAAAAUCAUUCAAAAGCCUUACAUGUACCUGGAGAAAGCUAAGCAAUUGGAAGGGGAAACUUUGAUCGACUUUUUGGUUAAAUGGAAAGCGGCCGUAGGUGAGGUCGAGCCCAUGGAUGACCUGACGGCGAUCCAUAUGUUACACAUUUCUUUGAGAGCUGGGUAUUUAUAUCAAGACUUCAUACUUCAUCCGCCGACGACGUAUGAAGAAGCCCUUCGCCGAGUGACUGACUAUGCCAAUGCUGUUAAGCGGUCUCAGGAAGUCGGGUCAUCUCGAAAGCCCCCCGGACGGUCGGAUAAUCGGUCGGCAGAACACCCCCGAUCCCGAACUCACCCGGAAGACUUCACGGCUUUGAACCGCUCGGCCGCGGAAGCCCUGCAAUACGUACAAUCAUGUAAUCUCAUUCGGUUACCACGUCCUGGACAGGAAGGGAAGGAUAAGUCAAAGCACUGCGCUUAUCACCGAUGCAGUGGGCACGAUACUGAAGAGUGUACAACUUUGAGACAGUUGUUAGAGGACUUACUUCAAGCCGGUAAGUUGGAUAAGUGUGUGGGAAAAAGAGAAGAGAACAAGAAAUCAAUUGGGAAAAGAGAUCAUCAGCGUUCCGAUCGAUAUGAGCGAUCGGACCAUGACCAGUGA